AUGGAUGGAAGCGCGAUCUCAGAGGAACACCCUCAAAGACGGUACAAUGAUGCGCAAUACGCCCGUGCGCAGUCAAAGGCGGACUGCCGCUCUUCCCCGUCCGGCGAGGUGACACGCGGGAUUGAAGCCGAGUCAGGGAAGCUGGCGACCCCAUCGGCUUCACAUGGAGCUUCCUCCGUCCAAGCACCAAUCCAGUCGCCACGCCCGAUAGGACCUGCAUCUUCGUCCCAGGCCGAGUCUGGCGCCGGUCUUCACAUCAGUCUUCCCCCUGGUGUGCCUGUGCCCCACUCCAGCGUCUUUUCUCCGCCCGCUCAUCGCUCGGCAGGUCUAGCCACAAGACGCUCCUACAUGAACAGUGGCGCCGAUUCGAGCACUGCAUCUAUCUUUCGCAGUCCUUCGCCAACAGCUGCCUCGAAUGCCACGAAGACUGCUGGCGCACCGCAGCGAGCCGCAAACGAAGCCCAGUCUUGCGUCCAGUCUUCUUCAGCUCAAGCGGCGAAUCCAUCGCCUGACGUUCUAGCUGGCGCCGCAAACGAAGUUGUGGCCCCUACGUUUGCGAAUCCGUUUGCAAAUCCCGUAGGGGCGUCUUCUGCCUCUGCCAAUACAUUAGGCAAUGGUGAAGUGAAGGCGGACAGCUAUCAGCCUCGCGAGCCGCGCGAGCCUAGACAUACCCUGGAACGAGCACGUAGCGUGGCGGGAGAUCUCCGAGGCUGGAACAUCGGCACUGAGGCGGACAACGCCACGAAGGCACCGCCAAGCGAUUCGCCCGGCUCUUUCGUACUUGCGCCCAGCGCCAAAAGUACGCCUGGAAGAAGCUUGGGGUCUAUGGUGCAAGACGAUGACGGAAGCGAAGAGAGGGAUUCGUUUCCAACCAGUAGCACGGCUGUGAUCGAUGGGAAGGAGUUCGACUUCACUCUGCCUCCUGCUGUGAUGAGCAGUGGCAGAAAGGCAAGCGUGAGCCUUCAGCUUUUCAAAGAGACAGGCUCCAGCAGCAACGUCCCCCAUGUGGGGACUUCGAGCGACGACUCGCCUGACACUCUCGGCAGAAAUCUUCGCAAGGCAACGCACAGCCCAAAGUAUAAGGCCGCGGAGCGCACAGCCCGUAGGCGGAGCAUGACUCCAGCAAAGGUGUCGAGAUUGGGCGGCAGCGCAAUACAGCCUGCAUCAGAGUCAACGGCCACAGAAGACGAGGAGGACAGUUCUAGCCCCAUGUCCACCCGUCCAUCUCGGCACAUUACAGUCUCUCCACGAGCCGCACUUUUGGAUCUGCCGCCCGCAGCUAGUCCUUAUGGCAGCUUUCAGACGCAAGGCAACCCAGUCCUGCAGCCAGCGACUCCAUUGACUCUUUUGGCAAAGUCGAGACUGAACGAGGAUGGUACCGGCAACAGCCAUCUUCGGAGGGCCUCGUCAGUCAAAAGCGCCGACAGAACAUCUCGACCUCGUAGAAUCUCUCGUGGAAGCUCUAUUGCGGACGAGGCAGCCGUGACUGAGAGCGAAGGACUAACCUCUUCUGAAGAGGAUGAGGUGGCCGAAGACAACCUGGACGAGAGCGAUGAGGAAGAUGAGCUGUUUGAUGAUUCUGGGAGCUCAGAACAGUCUUACGGCAGGGAGGAACGAGAGCACGCGGAUGGCCGUGAGUUGUAUUUGGAUCUACGCACUGGUCAACGACGCACCAGUGAAGUCUCGCAGGAACCAAGCGACUCCAAAUUUGCUCAGAAAGAAUUGAGCGGAGCGAUCGCUAUACCGUCGAGAUCUAUAUCAAGCGCCGCUUCACGUCGAGAGGCGCGCAGUGAGGACCGAAGUGGUCGCUAUCGAAGGGAAGGUCUUGUGCAGCCACCAGCCGUGGUGCAGCUCCAACCGUUCUCGAACCAGGUCGGCGGCCACAGCUCCAUUUUCCAGUUCUCCCGACGGGCAGUGUGCAAGCCUCUGGUCAGUCGCGAAAAUCAGUUCUAUGAAGCUGUGGAAAGGGAUCAUCCUCGUCUGCUCUCCUUCAUUCCUCAGUAUCUCGGUGUACUCAAUGUGACCUAUCGCCACGUGGAGAAGUCACACGAUCCUGCCCAAAAUGACGGAGCUUCUUCUGCCCAAGCAGUAGCAGCCGAGCCAAGCGGUACUAUCGAGCCUUCUGAUACUAGCAGUAUCUCACGCCCUGCGACAGCGCGGCGCCGCGUCUUCGAAGGUCAAAACGAGCACGAAAAUGAGGUGCCAGAAGUUGCUUUGAGCAUGAAUAGGCACAUCAUACCAGACUGGAUGCUUGGCGGCACGAGCGGGGCCCGACAGACAUCUCACUCACCCGGCCGGAAUCGGAAAAGGGCCUCUGGUCAUAGUUCAGCGCGUACAAGCCGCUCCGCGGAGCGAACGCUCAGCACGCUCCCCCUGAGUUCGAGCGCCGAAGCCCCCUCGGACGGUCCCCACAAUUUCUCACCUGCAUUGAGACCGUCGUUGAAUCACGCCUCUACAAUCGGCUCGCCAUCUGUCAGUCCCAUUACCUCCGCAGGCGCAUGGUCGGAAAGGUCGCAGCAUCAAUUUGCCUCGAAGGGCUUGUCGAGUGAAGAAAGAGAAAGCUCGCGCAGACCUCCAAACUCCGCUCAUGGCGAUGCAGCAUCUGAAGACCAGCGUCCGCAUUUUGGACGACGGGCCAGUGCAGGUGCAUUUGGACCCUGUGCUUCGUUUGCAGGCCGUGGCUGCACGUCGGUCAAUCGGCGCUUACAGGAGCAAGUUUUGCGAGAGGUCUUCAGUGGUCCCCCACCCCGCGACGACGAUGGUGCGGCAGGCCCUGGAUGGGGCCGAACGAAGCGCAACGCGCGAAAACACCGCAGGAGGCUAGAGAAGGCUUGGCAAGAGAGCGAGGAAGGCGCCAGUCGAAGCGCGGUGUCAAGGCCGGAGCAAUCAGAGACUGCCUCGAAGAGAGCCUCGGGAAGCGCUGUAGUGGCGAGCCUUGCGCUUCGUGAAGCCGGAAAGCCAAGUGUUCCGAGCUCGAACUCAUUGUCUGGCCCGGGCAGGAUGCCAUCCACUCCUCCACGAUCUCCUCCUUUACCUCCUUCGAUCGCAAACAGCCCACUUUCAGUCAGGUCUUCCGAUGCAAAGGUUCGACAGCCGCACUUCCAUGCACCUGCCGAGCUUUUGGGUUUCGACGAUCCCGUGUCGACGAAAGGCGACCCUGCGCCACAAGCAUCUGAAAUGGAAGCAGCUGUGCCGCGCCGUUUCCGUCGUGUUCACAGUGACGCCGCCUUGUCUUUCAAAAGUGCUGCUACCUUUGGCUUUACACCGACAGAAUCCUCUGUGGGCACUCCAGGUGAAGCUCGCAGCGGCUGGACCUCCGAUAGCCGCGAAUCGACCACUGUGGCAACCUCGGAAAACGUAGAGACAUGCUCCGGCUCGCCACCUCAGCCGCAUGGUCGAAGGGCCUCCACGGACAGCAGACUCUUCUCGAUGGAGGAUCUGGGUCUUGACAGCGAUCAAUUAAGCGCGCAGAAAGUAGACGCGUCGUCUGAGCAUACGGGUCUAGCAUUGGAUGAUGCUCGCCAAAAGACGCCGCGGCCGUUCCAAGGGACGAACGGGAUCUCAUCCAAGGAGAGUCGUGCAGGACUGCCUGGCAGCUCCGAGGUGCCCGCGACCACACUAGGCGAGCCCGCGCUCCAGGCAGCGGCUAACGCAGCAGCAGCAGCGGCUGCUGAUGCCGGGGACGCUGUCGACCCGUCCUCUGCGCGGCAGGAGCAAUUUUUGCUCAUGGAGGAUUUGACUGGGCGAUUGCGGUCGCCUUGUGUUCUCGAUUUGAAGAUGGGCACGCGCCAGUAUGGCCUUGACGCAACCGAUGCCAAGAAGCGAAGUCAAACGAAAAAGUGUGACAAGACUACUAGCCGAACGCAUGGCGUGCGCAUCUGCGGUAUGCAGGCCUACGACGCCAAGAACGACACCUUCAUCUUCCAAGACAAGUACUAUGGUCGCAAAAUUGCGCCAUCCGACUUUGCGCAUGCACUAGGGCGCUUUUUCGACGAUGGACGUCACCUCCUCCUGCACCAUGUGCCCGUCAUUCUGGAGAAGCUGUAUCGACUAGCGCGCAUCAUCAACGGGCUGAGCGGCUAUCGCUUUUAUGCAAGCAGUCUGCUGUUCAUAUAUGAUGGAGAUCAAGAGACCCAACUUAGGUUGGAAAAGGAAUUUGAGAGUCGCACCAAACGUGGCAUAGCCGGAGUCUCGCCAGGUCUAGCCGACAGUAUCGAUUGCAGUCCUUUGGUAAUGCCGGCUGACACAUCGGCUGAAGGCGGUUCGCUUCCCGGUGUUUGGUCCUCACACAGCUUGGAUCGCGCAGACGGCGGUGCGCCAGGUUCCAUUGGUCGGACCACGCAACUGUCCACGUCAAGCUCUCUCAAUGCCGAGAGCCCCUUUGCGAAGGAGGAACAUGCCUUGCACGCAUCUGUGACUUCGGUGCCCAGCUCUAUGCCCGCACGUCGCCGGCGACGUCGGGGAGAAAUCAACAUUAGGAUCAUCGACUUUGCCCAUUGCACCACAGGGUCCGACUUUUUCUAUCCGGCUCACGAGGGCGAAGAGCCGCCUUUGCCAGGCAUGCCGGAGGCUAGAUAUCCUCCCGGUCUGCGCGACGGUCCCGAUAGUGGCUACCUGUACGGACUGCAGCAUUUGGCGGCGUCGUUCGAAGAGAUUUGGGAAUUCGAACGCCAUCUUCGUCGAGAGACGGCCCGUCAGUCUGCGCGCGAUGCUGGCGGCGAUGACGGGCAGAUUCUGCUUGCGGCCAAUGAGGCUGAUGUCGGCCCCUUGCGCAUUGACGGCGCAGGUAUCUUUGGCGAGAUUUUUGGGCCACAAGGUCUGAAUGGCUACGUCUCUACGUGA